CUUGUAAACACGUGUAUGUACGGAGCAGUCAGUGUGCGUCUACGGAGAGAUUUCAGCUGCUAAAAACUCAUUUUCUAAAAUCCUUAAAAUGGCAAAAAGCCUCCGGAGUAAAUGGAAGAGGAAGAUGCGAGCGGAGAAGAGAAAGAAGAACGCCCCUAAGGAGCUGGCCCGUCUGAAACAGGCUCUUGGUCGGGAUGUGAAGGCAGACGCUACGAUGAGUGACAUGCAGGAAAUCGCCACUGUGGUGCCAGCUGACAAGAUCAAGAAACAGACCGACGCUGAUAUGAUAGAUACUAUGGGCGAUGAUGGGAAAAUGGAUAUGGACGGCAAGCGCAGCAAGAAAACUCUGCUGGAUGAAAAUGGACAGUAUCCUACAUGGAUGAGCCAGCGGCAGGCCAAGAAAAUGAAAGCCAAACGGAUGACAAAGAAAGGCGGUCAGGGCAAGCAGCAGCAGAAGAAGAAGAAGGGUAUCGCCUGGUAAAAGCAAAAGGAAGCCAAAAGAUCUUUGCUUUGCCUUAAAGACUUUUUAACGCAGAAGCCUGGGAUUAUUUCAUGUAUUCCUUGCAUACAUGAUAACUGUCGACUUCUGUACUUGAAUCUCAUUCUCUCGGUGGAUCACACGGUUCACGGUCGUGCCACCGAACCUGUUGUCGUUGUUCUGUUUGUUCUCAUGGAACAGCAGCUCCAUUUUGACAUCAAGACAAGUUUUAAGAAAAAAAUGUGUCUGGUUUCAAAGUGCAGCAUAGCGGUGGAGGUAUUAGACAUGUAUUCUCUGCUACAAGUUCAAUCAUUUUGUAAGAUUAAAGAAAUGUAUUAACAGUCCUGUGACUUGCUCUGUUCAGCAUAUUUUGAUGUUGAUUCUUCAGGACUUGUGUUGUAUAUCAUUUUAGAGCUGGCCUUAAAAGGUCAAAAUCGACAACAUUGAUUAGAAUAUUUUUCUGAUAUCAAUGUUCAUUCCACCUAAAGCAGAUAUAUGUAACAUCAUAUAUAAAUACACAUUUUUGAUCAAUUUAGUCAUUUUUUAACCACACAGUCUGGUUGUAAUCAUCAGUUUUAACAACAUAAUUAUGUAAAAUGAUACGAUU